CAUUGUGAUGAAUUCUCCCGAGCAGGUCGCCCUUCAAGAGGCUGUCAAAAGGGACAUGAUUGAGCGUGGAUGGCAAGCUGAGGAUGAUCCAGCCACAUUGUCUGAAUAUGCCGUAAUCAUGCUCAUUAACGGCAAGCCAGAAGAUCAGGUCGACGCUGAACUGAGCGAAAUUAUUCCCGACUACGACUUCGGGUUCAGCAAGUGGCUUUUCGCAGAAGCAGAGCGCAUUGCCUCUGGCAUAGAGAGCGCUACUCCAGCGCCCCCAGCACCCGCAUCUCCUAUUCAUCGCCCAAUCUCGCCUCCCCAAUCUCCCCCUCAAGACUCACCCAACGGCCCCUCCCUCAAGCGUCAACGGUCAAGCUCUCCAACAGGCGCAAACAAGGCGCCCCGCACAAGUGACGCACCGCUUGCACCACGCGCGAUGAGGGAUCGUCCGCUUCGUGGCAGAGGAAGGGAAAGGUCUUUGUUGGAGCGGAUGGGUCCUCGUCCUCAACAAAAGAAUGACGAGAUCCAGGCACGGAUCGAUGCCAUCACUGGUGGCAACCCUGGCCUCGUUCCACAACAGCCAGGAUGGCAAGGAGCGCCCAUGCCUAUGGGCCCUGGGUCGCAGGACAUGGCCGCGAUGGAGAUGCAGAAGCAGUGGCAGGAUAUGAUGGCGAUGCAGAUGGCAAUGAUGCAACAAAUGGCUAUGAUGAAUGGAGGCAUGCCGUUCAUGCCAGGUGGAGUUGUAAACCCGAAUAUGCAAGCAACGCCCCAGAGGGCCGAUAAUCAACGUGGGCGUGGCCGGGGAAGAGGCCGCGGAGGGAGCACGCAGGCUGGGCAAACGAGGAACGACCUCGUCGAAACUCCGGCUCUUGCCCCACCUGUAGCACCAACACCAGCUCCUGUUGUCGCACCGGCACCCGCCCCUGCUUUGAAGCCCACCCCUGCACCUGUAUCACCCGCAACUCUAACAACGAUCCCCGGAACUCUGUGCAAAUUUGGCUUGAAAUGUACUAACCCGAUGUGCCACUACGCACAUCCCUCACCUGUUGCGACGGUCGAGAGCGGUUUGGUGCUCAGUGAAGAGAUCUGCCCCGAUGGCAAAAACUGCAAAAACCCAGAGUGCGUGAGGGUGCAUCCUAGUCCUGCCAACGCAGAGUCUAAAGCGAUUGCCCCGGCGCCUGCGGUAUUCCAAGGCAUCAUGUGCCGCUUUGGCGCCAACUGCACACGGCCGGACUGUGUAUUUGCGCAUCCGUGGAACAAAGCCGCUCAGUCGAAUACUCCUUGCCGGUAUGGGAUCGCCUGCACCAGAGCUGACUGUGUGUUCUCCCAUCCACAGGGCCGCUCACUUCCGUCUGCCUUCCACAAGGGACUCGAUAACACUACAACCCCAUCCAAGCUCAAUGGUGCUGCCGCACCGUUCGUGAGCAAGAACAUCACACAAACAUUCAACACUCCGUCUGUCGCUCCUCCGGCUACUGAGGUUGUUUCUGGUACUGCUGGCUCCGCUGGCGCUGCUGUUCCGACUCUUGGGAAGCCUGUCGACCCACCACAAGAAACGGCUGCCAAAGUUGAGACCGCGGCUUGAGCCACAACCCAUGCGAUAGGGCAACAGACAAACAUCAGCGUCUCUUCUUUCUUUUUCUCUCCUUAGUAAUCUCAGUUUCUCAUCGUUGUACACUCCAUUACAAUAUUUUACAGAUGGCACAAAAUGGUAUAUACAAGAGGGCCAAGCG